ACUUUGAGUAUACAAGUACAAUGCUGAUAUUUAUAAUAAUUUUUUGCAUAUUUAUAUUGAGUUCAAGUUUGUAUUUAAGGAAGCUCAGUAAAGAUUAUUAUCUAUGGGCGCCUUGCAAGCGUUUGAAAACACUGGAUGGCAGUCGAUUGGCGGACAAAGUGUAUAUAGUGCCAGGGCGCACAGUUUUUGGCAACAAUUUUGACAUAGUGGGUUCCUCUCCCGAACAAAUUUUCUACUGGUGUCGCGACCUCUAUCGUCGCACUAAUGGCAAGCCAUAUAUUUUGAAUUUCUUCAAAGUAAGCGUUUAUUCGAUAACAAGUCCGGAAGACGUACAAGAGGUUCUCCAGAGUCAAACUUUAAUAGCCAAAGGCAUAAUUUAUGAAUUGGUGCGUCCAUUCUUGGGCGAUGGUCUGUUAGUGAGCACAGGCGACCAUUGGCACAGCAGACGCAAGCUACUCACGCCAGCUUUUCAUUUUAAUAUUUUACAAAAUUUUCUCGAAGUUUUUACGAACGAAAGCACCAAGCUGGUGAAAUUAUUGCAAUCGAAGGAUGAAAUAGUGAAUCUAAACGAUGUCAUACCGGAAUUUACUUUAAAUAAUAUUUGUGAAACCGCGCUUGGUGUCUCCUUGGACGACAUACCUGGCAGUAAAGAGUACCGUCACACCAUACAUAACCUAGAAUUGAUGAUGGUGAAACGUCUUUGCAAUCCUCUUCUGUAUUUUGAAUUGAUCUUCUACUUGUUUGAAGAUUACAAAGGAUUUUACAGAGAUUUGAAGGUGGCACAUGACUUCAGUGGCAUGAUUAUCCAGAAGAAACGUGAAGAAUAUCGCAGCAAACAACGUAACGCAAAUGACGUUAGCGACGAAACGGGCAAGCGUAAGCGUUACGCCAUGUUGGACACACUCUUCAACGCCGAGUCAAAGGGCAUUAUCGACCAUCAGGGCAUUUGCGAUGAAGUGAAUACUUUUAUGUUUGAGGGCUAUGACACCACAUCGACUUGUCUCAUAUUUGCUUUACUCAAUUUGGCUACGCAUCAAGAUAUACAAGAGAAAUGUUAUCGCGAGGUGGAAAAAUGCGAUUUGCCAAAUCUCAGCAUUUUCGACUUCAAUCAGUUGGAAUAUGUGGAGCGUGUUAUAAAAGAGACACUGCGUUUGUAUCCAUCAGUACCGUUUAUUUCGCGUCGCUGUAUGCAACAUUCCGAGCUCAACGGUUUGAUCCUACCCCCGGAUACGGAGAUUAAUAUACACAUUUACGAUAUAAUGCGCGAUGAGCGACACUUUCCGGAUCCUUUGAAAUUUGAUCCAGAUCGAUUUUUACCGCAAAAUAGCAUAGAUCGUCACCCCUUUGCUUUUGUGCCAUUCAGUGCGGGUUCAAGGAAUUGCAUUGGUCAAAAAUUUGCAAUGCUAGAGAUUAAGGCCAUUUUGGUGGGUAUUUUGCAGAAUUUCCAGCUGUUGCCUGCGACGCGCUUGCAAGACAUACGCUUUGAAAAUGGUUUGGUAUUGAGAACAAAGGAGAAUGUGUUGGUUAAAAUGAUUAAGAGAAGUAAAUGAAUAUUGGAUGCUUAAAAAUAAAAGAGUGCUGCCGCAA